AUGGCCGCGUCAAAACAAGUCUGUCUAGGGAGUGUCGUUCAAGUUAAUGGGAUGCUAGGCUUUCGCGUCUGGCUGAGCCAGUCAAGAGUGAGCGAGAGAGAUGGAGGGACAUAUGGGAUGCUAGGCUUUAGCGUCUGGCUGAGCCAGUCAAGAUCUUUUGACGAGAGCAAGUCGUCCUAUAAAACAUCUUUAGACAGGAGCUACUCCAACGAGCAGUCGCUGUACAGCCCAAAACACGACACGACACUACAGCUGGAGGAGGCAAAGAAAGAGGCGGACAAUGUGUGUGAUUUUGUCUGCACGUCAACAACCAUCAUCUGCAGCAGUACCUUCAUCACGUCAGCCGUAGGACUCUCAAUUAUCAUACCUGUUGUCAUGAUUGUAUUAGGUGUAAAGUAUAUGGAAGAUUGCCCGCUAGAGCCCAAAAUCCCUAUCUUCCACAUCAUUGGAGGUUGUUUUUGGCUACUCAAAAUUGGAAUCACAAUAUGGCGCUCAAUACAGUACCGCCAUCAGGGCAGUGUGGACGAUCUGUUUGACUCGGACGGUGCCCAGAGAGGCAUCACGUCAAAAACCUACCGCACCAUGAACAUCCUGCUCUCACUCUUUCUGCUCAUCUGGCACAUACUUGGGACAGUUUGGGUCCUCAGCAUCUGGAAGCCACGAUUCCAAGCCUUGUUGCACAGACCAAACCAGUGGUGCGACAGAUCCAUUUAUUUCUUCAGUGUGGCCAUCAUUGUGGGGGUGUAUGCCGUCUUGGCCCUGGCCCUGCUUGGCAUCUGUUGUCUGACGUGCGUGUACAAGACCAACAGCCUGUCUGGCUCUAGCAAACGGUAG